AUGUUGGGCUCCGCCCAUCCCGCCCAUCGCGCUGUCGUCCUGCGCCGCCCAGCCACCUCCGCCGUCCUCGUCGCCGUUCUCGCCAGGGCCACCCUCCCACCGCCAUCAGCUCCUCUCGCGCUCUCCCCAUCUGCUCCCCACGCGCCCCCACCGUUGCCCCGCCCGCGCUUGCCUCUCCGCAGCGUCAUCCGCGAAUUGCGGGGCUUGGUGGUGGGCGCACGGGUGACGGAGAGGGUGGCGGAGUCGCCAGGCGCUGGAGCGCGCUCAGCAGUGAUGGGGGAGAGCAGGGGAGAGGGGGAGGAGAGGUGGCGCGGUGAAGGGGUGGCAGUGGGUGGGGCGGAGAGGGAGGUUGCGGACAAGGGUGGAGCGCCCAGCGCCUGGCAGUGGGUGGGUCGAGCGAGCAAGUGGUCUUCGUACGUGUACCUCGCCCUCUAG